GACUAAACUCACUCCGACUCCUGGGAGUCGAGCGCAGCGCCAGCCGACUACCGGCCUGAGACCAAAUGUUGAUGAGGCUUUUACUCCUGUUCGUUACCGUUCAGAUGUUUCGUAUUUACGAAUGCAAGCCGUUUCCUGCAGGUCUGGCUGCAGAGACUGCAGAUGUGGGACAGACGGUUAAACUCUCUUGUGAACUUACGAACCAACUAGAGGUCGGGAGCAAUAUUUUCUGGUACAAACACAGUGCUGAUGAACCCCCGGUAGCGAUCAAAUCCACGGACUGCGAACAGAACGGUUGUAGGACUACUUUCAAAAAAGGCUCCGGACAUCGCACAUCAGUGUUGGAAAUCACUAAUGUCCAGGUGAACGAUUCGGGUUUGUACUACUGUGCUGAGAUGGAUAGCUAUCCACCGCUUAUGAAAGGACCUACACUCCUUGUUGGAGACAGCUCCACGAAUCGGACCUACAUGCAGGUAUUUGUCCCACCGUCUGUGAGUAACGGGUCUGUUCCCCUGGUGUGUCUGGUCGGCGGCCUUUCUUCCAAACACAUUCUGAUUUACUGGAACAUAUCCGGACAGAUCACAGAAGGAUGGAACGAUCCCGGUACGAUUGACCCAGAUCAAAGCUACAGUGUUAGAAGUCAGGUGAUGGUCCCAGAGGAAACUUGGAGGAGCGGUGGGCUCUGCACCUGCAUCGCACAACUGGGGGGUGCGGGGAAGACAAGGACUAUGAGCGUCUCCCAUCUCACCAUUCAAACAGAUCAAGGGUGGUGUCUUCCCACAGCGAUCCGCCUUGGGUUUCUUGGAUUGCUAGUUAUCGUCAUUUUCAUUUGGAUCUCUAAACACCGUAGAUCAGGGAGACGUCAAUCGGCAACGCGUCAGGGAAACGGUAGCGCGGCUCAGUCACCAGCGCCGAUCCUUUAUGCUUAACUCGACUUCGCUGCACCCUCCUCUGCUCGAAGAUGAAAAUCUGGUUGGUUUCUACUUCAGCGAAUUACGGAGAAGUGUACCGAACAUGAGGUCACACUGAAACCCUCUGAACAACUCAAGACCUGAUGCUCCGGAUUUAAACAAGAUUUCUACGUGCUUGUUUAUUAUGUAAAUAAAGUUCUGGACGAGCAUCGAUAUUGCAAUUCAGGCAUAUUGUAAGCUUUAAGUACAGAACGGGGCUUCUUGCAUACUUUGCAUUCAGUCUCAUCUCUAAACUUCGCUCGGUGUUAUAAUUUUGAUUUUUCCUUUGUAUGAGUUAUAUAUGUUGGAAUAUGAUUAAAACGUACUGAAUCGCAUUAUUUAAUGAUCAUUUUCGGAGUUAUUCCAUUUGUGGAUAUAAAUUACGCUGCAGCUUAAUCAGUUAUUGUACGUUGCGUUUUAUAGGAUUGCCUUUAUUUUUUGCGCUUCUUUGCGUUUGCAUUGUCUUUAUUAUGUUCAUUAUGCUAUUUAUGCUGCGUCGGUUCUGAAGCAAUAAAAAUUU